CCGUCGAAAUUAUCGUCACACGCUCAAACAAACACAACCGGCAAUUUACAUUCCAUUACAAUAAUUUUUUUAUUUUUCCCUCGACUGUAAAGAAUGAAGCUGCUAGUAUUCCUUGCCCUGGUGACCUUUGCCAGUGCCCAGCAGAAGUAUGUCUGGGAUUAUCUCAAACCGGCACUAACGGCGGAUGAGGUGAUGAACAUCAUGACAUCCAGAGGCAACGAAUUCCCAAUGUACAACGGUAUCCCGCAGACUGGGUUUGAUUGCAACAGCAAAAAACAGCCGGGUUUCUAUGCUGACCCUGAGACCCAGUGCCAGGUGUUCCAUCGGUGCGAUUUGAACGGAAAUAUGACCAGUUAUAUCUGCGUGAAUUCCACCGUGUUCAACCAGGUCACUCUCGUGUGCGACUACUGGUUCAACGUCGACUGCAGCCGAUCGCAAGAACUAGAGAACUUCGCUAACUCCCGCCUGUACACCGACCAAGACCUCUUCGACACCCCACCGGCCGAUUACGUCAUCCCCGGAACCGCCGGUGCCGCAGCGGCCGCGCCCAUCCAAGCGCCCGGUGGUCAGCAGCAGCAGAAGAAACCAGCGGCAGCCGCUGCCGGUAAAGCUGGUGGUGCUAAAGCCGGCGGAACUGCCCAAAUCAGCAAUAAGAUGGGCACUCCGCAAGCCGGAGCCAACGCACAAGGCCAGAACACGCUGACGGUGGCCGUCGUCUCCCCACAAGCCGCGAACGCGGCGUCCCAGUCAGCUUCCAGCUCCGAUCAGCAGCAAGCUGCUCAGUAAAUUGCUAGUCAGUGUUUUUGUAGUUGACAAUGUUUGCCGGUUUUUGGCAAACGUCCCUGCCGGAUAUUGUCGCGGUGUUCUAUGAUUAACGCUAACCAAUGGAAAUGUCCUGGGGGCGAUUGUAGAGUUCGGUGGAUAGUUUAAUUUUCUCUCGAUGGGGUUUUCACGGGAAAUCUAAAGCAACUAAACACUGUGAUUUGUGAUUUCUGUAUUGUGCAGUAUAAAUAAUCUGCUAGUCAUGCA